CUUUGCUCGGAGCUCAAAGCGACACCACGCCUGUUCGUGCAAUAAUUUGUGAAAUCGUUGUGACAUAACUUCGCCGCUAUCGGAAACUCAAGGAUUACAAGUGGUUGACCCGAAACUCAAACUGCAGCGGAUUUUUGUGCUGAAAGUGCGUGAAACAGUGAAAAUUACCCGCAAAAAGAGUGAAGUUGAGAAGAUUAGUGACAUUUGUGAACUGAAAAGUAUAAACUUAUCUGGAAUCAUGUGCAACUCGAUGGCGCCUUUGAAAGUGGAGACGUUCAGCGGAGUGGCCGCCAAGAGCCCCAUAGCGCAAUGCGUGAAAGCCGUCCUCCGUCGCGCCUGUCUCGAGAAGCGGCUGACUGUGGGCCUGCUCCCCGCCAUCCAGUACCUGUCCACAAACACUGACGGAGCCCUGUUCUGCUUCACGGCUGAAGCGCCCCCUGGUGACAGCGCCACGCACAUGCAAGAGGUGCUGUUGCAGGCGUUUUGCGUCGAGAAUGAUAUUCACGUUAUUAAGGUGGACUCGCCAGCGAAAAUGAUGAAGAUCCUUGGAUGCAAAGACCAGACCAUUGACUUCAACUGCGUAUUAGUCCACUAUCCGUACACAGACCCCUUCAGUGACAGUCAAGAAAUGGACAUGUCAAUACUGACCGAAGCCGAGAAGGAUUUGAUCGACCACUGCGAUGGAUCCUGGGCCUCCAGCCAAACCUCAGUCAUCAAGCUGCCAGAGAAGUGAAAUGAGAAAACAUCUUGAACAUUGAAUUUUGAAUUAUAUUGAUGUUAUGACCUCCUUGGUCUAAUCCUAGAGAGUAGAGCCUCUUUCGAGUUCUGCUAAGGCGUUUGACGCCAUUGUAGCGUUAUGUUGUGGAUACUUAAUGUGUCUGUAGUUGGGGAAUGUCGGGAGAGUUUUUGUCGUCUUUUUUAAUAAGAAUAUUGUUAAUGAUUUGAUUACAUGAUCAAAGCAUGUAGCAGUUAUUGUAGGUUUGUUUGAUAGAUCCUCAAUAAGAUUAGAAAAAUUUUUGCUCAUUUUUGUGACUUGUCGAUUGAUCAAUGAUGAAUGUAUAGAAAAUGUUCUAAAAUUAAAACUGUAUAAAGAUUGGUGGCCUUUUGGAUUUCUUGUUGUUAAAUAAAUGUCCUACUUAGUAUGCCUUAUGUAGGCAAUGUAAUAUGACCUUUUACAUUUAUUCUAAAACCUAAGAAAAUUUUGUUAAACGAUAAUCGAAUAGUUCAUAAAGUGCGUAGAGACGUUAUUAUUAUUACUCAAUGUAAUUGUAGUAAGAAUAAGUAAUAUGUUAAUACGAAAUAUUUUAAGUACUACAGAGUUUAUACUUUUGUAAGAUUAGGAAGAACAAUAAGAAUCUUAAAGCAAUUACUAUAACAACAGCAAUAAAUGAUAAUGAAAAAUUA